AUGUCGUUUCGUCAGGACAAGCUCAUCCUUCUGCUGGACAGCGGUACAUCUAAACAAGUACGCCAGACAGCCGCCAAGCAGAUUGCGCGUAUUGCCGGCAAGUUGUUCGAAUCCGCCGUCUCGCACCCUACCGAACACAAACCCGAGCUCGAUGGCGAGGGCAGUAUAACGCUGCAAGCUGGCGGAGCGGGCGAAGAUGAAGCUUGGAACGACUCGCUGGAGACGAUUGGCAAGAUCUUGGCCUUGCUCAAAUCGAACUCGUCCGAAACGCGGCAUGCGGCGGCUCAUGCUCUUGGGCUUUUGGCUGAAACGUUGCCAGAGUCUAUUCCCGUAGCCUCGCCGUCUUCUGAUCCUUUUACAACAUAUCCCAUCGACCUUCAAUCCCUGCUUCAAGGUGGGCAGAUGCUGCUGGCCUCCGCCGGCCGAGAGUAUGCCGCCAAACCGAACGCUGGUGACAAGGCCAAACGGCGGAAAGCCAUGAUGGCCACCGUGGGCUUGGGAGAUACCGUGGGGUGGGGCGAUGAUACGGACAAUGUGUUGGAUGAUGACGAUGAUGAUUUGGAUGUGGAUGUGAAGCGCUCUGGGACUGCAGGGAGUGCCGAGCCGAGUCAGCCGCCUGCGGAUGUCUUUGAAGGGCUGAGCUCGAGACAGAUCACAAUGUUGAAGAGGAAGAAGGGGAAUAUGGUUGAAGAAGCCAACAAAAUGCGGAGAUUGAACGAAAAAGUCGCUGGCUCAACAGCCCCUUCCGCCGCCCCCUCUCGCGCCCCAUCACCCACACCCGACGCUCCUUCAGACGUCAAGACCGAACCCAAAACCGAAGUCGUCACAAUCGACCCCGGAGCCAAAGCUCGCGCGGCCAAAGGCGGUCAAGUCGAGCCUUCCCUCGAUAUGGAUGGUAACCCGAUAGCAUCCUCUCGUACGCUGUCUUUCGUCAGGGGGCAGUCGCCUUGGACGACGGUCAUUCUGGAGGUGGUGGGUGAUUUGGGAGAUGCGGCGUGGCAGGUGAGGCAUGGGACUGCCCUGGCUUUGAUGGAAAUACUUCGCUCGACGGGUGCUUCUUUUGCACAGCACCAGCCCAGUAUCCUCCUGUCGCUCGCGCGACAGCUACUCUCAUUACUCGUGCUCGACCGAUUCGGCGAUUUCGUAGGCGACACAGUCAUCGCCCCCGUCCGAGAAACCGCCGCCCAAACCCUCGGUCUCCUCAUCAAACACAUUCCUCUCUCAUACUUGCCCGAGAUCCACCACACCCUCAUGCACAUGGUCCAGCAACCAUGGGCCAAGCGCGGGAAAGAGGCGGAGAAGGCAAAGAAGGGUGAAAAGUUUGCUUGGGAGGUACGACAUGCGGGGUUGUUGGGGCUCAAAUAUGAGGUUGCGGUGAGAGGUGAUUUGUUGGGGGUGAAGAAGGAAGAGGAUGUGGAUAUGGAGGCGCCGAACUUGUUGGAGGAUGUUGUGAAUGCUGCCAUACUAGCACUCGGUGAUUCUGACGACGACGUCCGGACAGUGGCAGCUUCCGCCCUCAUCCCCAUCACCUCCAUCCUCGCCUCCCAACUCCCCACUACCGACCUCUCUCACCUCCUCCAGACUCUAUGGGACUGUCUCGCCGAGGGCGGCGAUGAGCUUGGAAGCAGCACGGGUGCAGUGAUGGACCUUUUGGGUUCGCUCAUAGCGUAUCCCGAGGUGAUCGCGCUGCUGACUGCGGACGAUAAGAAUCUCAUUGCGAGAGUGUACAACUUUUUGCGGCAUCCUAUUGGGGCUGUCCGUUUGGCUGUCGCCAAUAUCCUACUCGCUUUCGCCAGAUUACCAGAUAUUCCGAGAAGAUGGGAGUCUGAUGGCUUCUUCCCAUUCAUCUUCCAGAACCUGGUCCUGGAGGAACGUCUCGACAUUCGACAGGUUUCCUUCCUCGCCUUCUCCACCGCACUCACCCUUGCCGCCUCUUCAACAGGUCUCGACAGCGUCCUCGGUACCGACGUCGAAGAUUGGUAUUCUAUCGUCAUGACGCCAGUCGGUGUGCCUCUAGAUGAGAAUCUGUUUAGACGACCGGUACAAGGAGCGGGCACGGGGCAGGGGACAGGGCAGACGCAUAAUGUGGAUAAGGCGAUGAUGAAGGGUGAUAUGAGUCUUGUGGGCGUUGAUACGGUGCUGGAGACGAGGAUUGAAGGGGCAAGGGCUUUGGCGCUUCUGCGGCAAUAUCAGUUGGACGAGGUGAAUGACGUGAACCUCUUGAGACAAUACCUGUCUUCGUCGAGCGCACACCAAACCUUCAUUGCUUCAGUUAUUGUUCAAGAAUGGGCCAUGGACUGCGAAUCGCGCAUCACCGACGCAUCUUCCUUCUCCCUCGCUUCGACCAACCCCGACGCCCAAUCACUUUCUGCCAUCGUCAUCGAUCGCGUCAGCGCGCCACCGCCAUCAACAUACCACGAGAUGACCAUCAUCCUCCACCGAAUCCACUCCGAGUGUGUGGCCAUGUUUAGUGCUUUCAACAUCGAGGGCAAGCUGGGCAAGGACAAGGUGCCGGUCCUGCCAAAGAGGAUCGACCCGACGAGCGAUGCGCCGGAUGUGUUUUCUAUCGAGACUGCCCAAGAAGCUAUCACGUCCACGUUCGACGAGACGGUUACCAAGCUUUCCAAGGCUGCUCAGAAGAGGGUCCUCCCGGCUCUCGAAGAGCGCCGGAACAAGGUCAUGGCUUCCAUCGGCUACUUUUCCAUUCAAAAAGUCAAGUAUGACUAUCAAGUCUCGGCAGCUCUCGCCGGCGCCCUUGUUGCCCUCAAGAUCAUGCCUCCCAAAUUCGGCCCCGUCAUCAAGAGUCUUAUGGAUGGCGUUAGAUAUGAGGAGAAUGAGGUGCUGCAGAAGAGGUCAGCGUUCUGGGUGAGCGCAUUUGUGGCGUUUACGGCUGGACCGUUGUUCCAGGGAAAGAUGAACCCGUCCGACAAGGUUAUCAAGAAUCUCUUUGUUUUCCUCUGUAUGGACAACUCUAUCGUGCCCAUCUUCAACACUGCGCCCGACGCCGCUGCUGGUAUCAUUACCCUCAGGGAGGAUCAGGCUGCCGCUGUGGCUAGUGUGGGGAAGAAGAAGGAUGUGGUGGAGGAGACGGAGGAUCAAAUCAAUAACAGGAUUGCGAGGCGGGGCGCUUUGGAGGGGUUCAAGGCGCUGGCAAAGAGAUUCGGAGCUGGGCUGUUUGGCGGUGUGCCCAAGUUCUGGGAGGGAAUCAGUGGGGCUUUAUUGAAGGUCUUUGGUGAAAAUACCGACAUUGAGAAGAUCGACGCAGACCUCGCCAGUACCCCACAAAUGGGUCAAGACCUGGUAGACGCCCUGGUCUCUCUCCGCCUCAUCACUCCCGAACUCGACCCCAUCCUCUACUCACAACUCUUCCCUCUCUUUUCGCCCAUCAUUCUCGCGCUUCAAAGCUCAUACCCGGUGGUCCGCUACACAGCGGCUCACUGCCUGGCGGCGAUGUGCAAUGUGAUGACGGACGAGGGCAUGAAGAGGGUUGUGGACGAUGUUGUGCCGCUAGUGGGAGAUGCGGCGAGAAUACACUCUAGACAGGGUGCUGUGGAAGCUAUUCAUCGCAUUAUCAAGCACUUGGAUAUCAAGGCUUUGCCUUAUGUUCUUUUCCUCAUCGUCCCCAUUCUCGGCCGUAUGUCCGAUCCAGACGAAUCCACCCGACUUCUCUCCACCUCCACAUUCGCUUCCCUCGUCAAGAUGGUGCCUCUCGAAGCAGGUCUUCCCGACCCGCCCGGCUUCUCCUUGGAGCUUUUGGCGAAGCGAGAUGACGAGCGCAAGUUCUUGAUGCAGCUGCUAGACGGAAGCAAAGCCGAGCAGUAUGAGAUUCCGGUCAAGGUUGAGGCAGAGUUGAGGCAGUAUCAGAAGGACGGUGUGAGCUGGAUGGCUUUCCUGGCCAAGUACCAGCUCCAUGGUAUUCUGUGCGACGAUAUGGGUCUCGGAAAGAGUCUGCAGAGUAUCUGCAUUGUCGCGAGCAAACAUCACGAACGGGCCGAACGCCACAAAGCCACGCAGUCUGUCGACUCUGUCCAUCUUCCCUCCCUUUUCGUCUGCCCGCCGACUCUUACGGGACAUUGGUAUCACGAGUUCCUCAAGUUCACUCCUCAUAUCAAAGCCCUUCAAUACGUUGGAUCGUCUUUCGACCGAACUUCUUUGCGACGUCGUUUCAACGACUAUGACGUUAUCAUCACCUCAUACGAAUCUAUCCGAUCCGACAUUGCCGAUCUGCAAAAAGUCAACUUUCUGUAUUGCGUCCUCGACGAAGGGCAUAUCAUCAAGAAUACCAAGACUAAACUCGCGGUGGCUGUCAAGCAAAUAAAGGCGCAGCACCGCCUGUUGCUGAGUGGUACUCCCAUCCAGAACAACGUGCUGGAGCUUUGGAGCUUGUUUGACUUUUUGAUGCCGGGAUUCUUGGGUAACGAGAGAAUGUUCAACGAGAGGUUUUCGAAGCCUAUUUUGGCGGAUAGAGAAGGAAAAGCGACGCCCAAAGAGCGGGAAGCUGCUGCCAACGCGCUGGAAGCGCUACACAAGCAAGUCCUCCCAUUCCUGCUUCGUCGACUCAAAGAAGACGUACUCGACGACCUACCUCCAAAGAUCAUCCAGGACUAUUACUGCGAGCUUUCCCCCGUCCAACAGCAACUUUACGACGAAUUCUCCAAGUCGAAGGCUGCCGAGGACGCCGGCGUGGAGAUUGGAUCCACCGGGGCUGCCAAAGAGAGUCAAACACACGUUUUCCAGAGCCUACAGUAUCUGCGAAAGUUGUGCAAUCACCCGGCUUUGGUGCUGGACAAGGAGCCGCAGAAGUUCAAGGAGAUACAAGGGAAGAUCGGAGGUGGUCCGGGAUUGCACGACUUAUCUCAUGCGCCCAAGAUGGAAGCUCUACGACAAUUACUGCAAGAUUGCGGUAUAGGUCUCCCGCCCGACAAGCUCGCCGACGAUGUCUCCACCCAUCGAGUUCUCAUCUUCUGUCAACUUCGCCCCAUGCUCGACCUUAUUGAGAAAGAUCUUUUCGGCACUCACAUGCCCUCAGUCUCUUACAUGCGGUUAGAUGGUCAGACCGACCCGCGCAAGCGACACGACAUCGUCCAAACGUUCAACGCCGACCCAAGAAUCGACGUCUUGCUGUUGACGACGAGCGUGGGUGGUCUGGGAUUGAACCUGACAGGUGCCGACACAGUCAUCUUUGUCGAUCAUGAUUGGAACCCGAUGAAGGAUUUGCAGGCAAUGGAUAGAGCGCAUAGGUUGGGGCAGAGGAAGGUUGUGAAUGUGUAUCGGUUGAUUACGCGAGGGACUUUGGAAGAAAAGAUCAUGGGUCUGCAACGGUUCAAACUGAAUAUUGCAUCGUCUGUGGUCACUCAACAGAACGCUGGACUGGGGUCAAUGAAUACGGGAGAAGUGUUGGAUCUGUUCAGUGUGAGCGCAGAGGGACAGCCGGCAAAGACAAAGGCAGCCAACCCGGGGUCGGUCUCGAUGAGCAAGAUGUUGGAAGAAUUGGACGAUUUACCACCUGAAGACGAAUACGCCGAAUUAUCAUUGACAAAUUUCAUGAGCAAGGUAUAA